ACUUUACUUAAAGCACUUUGUUACUUAAAAUCUUAAAUUAUUAACUGCUGGGUUGACCUGACGCGAAAAGAUGGCGGCCCAAAGAAAAAAAGACGGCGCUCCAAAUAUAAAAUUCUUUGAAUCUGUUGAUACCAUAGCUCAAUUCGACUCCGUUAGGACAUGGUUGCAUAAGAAUUGCAAAAAGUACACCCAAGCAGACCCACCCACCAACAAGAGUCUUGCAAGCCUGGUGUUACAACUGCUGCAAUUCCAGGAAGAAGCGUUUGGGAAGUCUGUUAGCAAUCCGCCACUUACGAAGCUUCCUAUGAAAUGCUUCCUUGACUUCAAGCCUAGUGGAGCACUUUGUCAUAUUUUGGCUGCUGUGUUUAAAUUCAAGACUGACCAAGGAUGGCGAAGAAUGGACUUCCAGUCUCCCUCGCGUAUGGACCGAAACGUGGAGAUGUUCAUGCAAAUCAUGAAAUCACUGAUCGCCAACAAGUGCCAUGUGCAGCCAAAUGUCUUUAUCAAGCCCAAUCUGGACAAGCCUCUGUUAACUCGUCUUCGAGACAUUAUCAAGCAACAUGAAGGUCUGAUCACAGAACAGGAAGAUGAAGCAACCCACGUCAUACACGGGAUGCCAGCAGCUGCCGGCAGUGAAGAUGAAUGGUGCCGCCCAGUGUUGAAGAGAGAAAGAAACGCCCUUGUUCACUUCUGGCAUACCCCUGACAGCUAUGACAACUGGAUGGUGGACCUUGGAUGCGAUAUUGAGCCAGAACCAGCCUGGUCUGCUCCUGGACCCUGGGAGGUGACAGCACGCUGGUUGUUGGAUCUUGAUGAAUACAAUGAGUGGAUGAAUGAGGAGGAUUAUCUUGUGGAAGAGGAGUAUGAAGGGAAAAAAGUGAAAAAGAAGCUGCCUACAAAAUACAGUAUGGACGAUCUUGGAGGCAAAGGCAAGAAAAAAAGGAAAAGGUCUCCAUCUCCAGUACCGGAGAAGAAAUCAAAACGGAAAGGAGGCCGCCAGUCUACAGGUGCGGGGCUUAAGAAGGGGCGAAGAGAAGAGGAUGAGGAGGAUUUGACAGCUGAUAUGGAGGACCCGGCCCCAGAGACAAACAUACAGGAAGUCACACUGUCAUCAACAAAGACUGUAUCCCGGAGCAGCAAGGACAAUGAUUUACAACCCAUUAAGGGAGGUUCUGUGGUCGAUAUGGAGGAGGAAGCAUCGCAACAGGUUGGAGAGGGAGCUAUUGAUGAAGAUGGUGAAGCACCGGUAGAGAAGAAGGACAAAGAUGAACCAGAGGACAGCGUUACUGAACAAACCCACCACAUUAUCAUACCAAGCUAUGCAUCAUGGUUUGACUACAAUGGGGUAAACGCUAUCGAGAGGCGAGCUCUGCCAGAGUUCUUUAAUGGGAAGAAUAAAUCCAAAUCGCCUGAAGUAUACAUGGCGUACAGGAAUUUCAUGAUUGACACAUACCGACUGAACCCCAUGGAGUACCUAACCAGCACAGCAUGUAGACGAAAUCUGGCUGGUGAUGUCUGUGCCAUUAUGAGGAUUCAUGCAUUCCUUGAGCAGUGGGGCCUCGUAAAUUACCAAGUGGACCAAGAAACCAGACCCACAGGGAUGGGACCCCCUCCCACCUCACACUUCCACAUUCUGUCUGACACGCCUUCUGGGCUCCAGGCUGCAAACCCACCAAGAAUAAACCAGCCAUCAGCUGCAAAGCAGAUUGUCAACUUUGAUGAGGGGAAGGACGGUGAAGAGAAGAAGGAACUCGCCAACUUUGGUCUGCGAACUGACAUCUACGGCAAGAAAAAUAGGGAUAAGGGUUCUGCCACUAAAACCCGAGACUGGACGGACCAAGAGACGCUGCUACUCCUAGAGGCACUUGAGUUGUACAAGGAUGACUGGAACAAAGUGAGCGAGCAUGUGGGAUCGAGGACCCAGGAUGAGUGUAUCCUACAGUUCCUUAGGCUGCCCAUAGAGGACCCCUACCUGGAGGAGGAUUGUGGUCACCUUGGGCCUCUGACGUACCAGCCCCUACCAUUCUCCCAGGCUGGUAACCCUGUCAUGUCAACCGUGGCAUUCCUGGCUUCCACUGUAGACCCACGUGUGGCAAGCUCAGCUGCAAAGGCCGCCCUUGAGACAUUCUCUAAGAUGAAGGACGAGGUACCUCCAGCCCUGAUAGAUGCCCAUGUGAAGACAGUAGAGAAGGCUGCAUCAGAGGGGAAGGAGGUUGGACCGGAGUUUGGCCUGGACCAGACCGGCAUUGCUGGAACCGCACCAGAGAAAGAGGAGGAAGCCAAGGAGGAAGACAAAGAGAAGAAAGAUGGGGCAGAUGUCAAAACUGAGAAAGAAGAUGAAGUCAAGAAGGAGCCAAUGGAGACGGAUGAAGGAGAGAAGAAACCUGAAGAAGAGAAGGAGAAAACCGAUGACAAGGCUGACGAGACAAAAGAGGGUGAAUCUAAGAAGGCAGAGGAAGAUGGAGAGAAGAGCACAGAGGCCACUGGAGGAGAGGUUGUGAAGAAACUGGAUGACAAGGAGAGAGGAAACAUCGCUACUGCUGCCGCUGCUGCUCUGUCUGCUGCCGCUGUUAAGGCCAAGCACCUGGCAGCGGUUGAGGAGCGAAAGAUCAAGUCUCUGGUUGCUCUGCUGGUUGAGACUCAGAUGAAGAAACUGGAAAUCAAACUGAGACACUUCGAUGAGCUGGAGGCCAUCAUGGACAGGGAACGAGAGGCGUUGGAGUACCAGCGACAACAGCUACUGCAGGAGAGACAGCAGUUUCACAUGGAGCAAGUGCGGGCAGCAGAGUACCGGGCCCGGCAAGUAGCCAUGCAGCAGAUGAGUAGUGAGAAAUAACUUUCACAGGCUGGGGCAGGGGAUGGUCCAGGAUCAGGUGCAACAGCCACAGCCAUCAACCCAGCAAGCCUGGGCCAGCCAUACCCAACCUCUGCAUCCCCUAUGACCCCGAUGGGCCCCUCAGCCCAGCAGGGCUCCCCUGCACCACCCACCUCCCAGCCCCUACCUCCAUCUGGGCAGACCAAACUUGACACUGGAGAUGGUGACAAUUCCAAUGCCUCUGAGCCAAUGGACACCACUCAGCCACCACCUCCAAACUCAGCAGUGCCUGCUACAUAGAGUAGGGGAGAUAACUCAAGUGUUGGUUUAUGAACAUGUUUGGACAAGGGAGAUAAUUUUGUGUUGAAAUAUUGUUGAACAACAAUGUGAAAGGGAGAUAAAUUCAGUGCUGGGAGAUAUCUUGUUUUUUUACAAGGGAGAUACUAUUGUAUCAAAAUAUGAAGAAAAUAGUUCGAGAUAUCAAUCAAUUAAUAUCGACAUAUUUGAACAAGUGAGAAAUAUUUUGUGUUCAAAUAUGAACAUGAAGAAAGGGAGAUAAAUUAUGUUUGAAACAUUAAACGCAACAAAUAGCAAGGGAGGCAAAUCUCUAAAGGGACACAAUUUUGUCCUAAAUGGAUAACUGUAGAAGGGAGGUAACUGUGCAAUGAUCUGAAUAUUUUUGUCAUUAAGCAUUGAAAUACUUUUAAGUGUAGUAGUAAACUGCAUGCAUUCAGUCUACAUUAAGCAUUAUUAAUAAACCAUAUAUUAAAGAAAUUUGGAUUCUCAAGAUUCUUAAAUCAAAUGAGAAAUUGAUAUCAGAUUUACAAAUGUGGGAUCAGUUUUAAUACACAUUCAGGUGCUGCUGUGCAUUUCUGUGUUCAUUGUCAUUUUCCGUUCUUCAUUCUUCGAAAAUCAUUUGAUGUAAGUCAUCAUUCUGUACAUGUAAAUCAAAGCAUUUUGUAUCAUUUUACAAUGUUCAUGUAUCUCUGAGAUGGAAUAAAUGAGAUGUUGUAAAAUUGUUGUUGU